UCCGCGACCGAGCGCGACCGCGUGCGUUGUGCUGCUCACUACUAAAAUGUGCUCACUACAGAAUCACCAUCAUAAACAAAACAAAAAUUGUGAUUUUUAAGCACAAACUUUCUCCAAACAUUUCUAUUCGUCCUUCAAUUUAUUUCCUUGAGAACGUUACAUAUUGUACAUUGAAUUAUAUCGUUUACCUUAUUCUACAACGACUGAUACAGUGAAGGCAUGCAUUAAAGGAUAGUGAAACCGGUAAUCUGUGUUGUGAAAAAGUUGUGUGGUGUAUAAUUACGGUUGUCCUAAUCCGGUUGUUAUCGAUUUUUGGACGUCACUAGUCCCGAACAGCUGUUUUGGGGAUGCGGAAGUACUUCGCUGUUCGGCGUAGUUUCUAGCGUCUAUUACUUUUUCCUUGUGAAGCCAGAUUUCUGUGUUGUAUUAUAUUUAAACAUGUUUAAUAAUACAUUUAUACAUUAAAAAUAAACCGGUUCCAGUUCUAAGGAUAUUCAACUUCAUUAGACUCGACGCAGAACUCGAAAUUUAGUGUUUCACAGUGAUAAAAGUGGAUUUGAUAAGCUUGUGUUGUAACAAUUUCGAGUUAAAAAUAAAAACAAAAUUGUUGUAACGAUUGCAUUUCACAACAGUUCAUUGCACUCGUUGCAUGUGUGUUCGUUCAAAAUUCUGUGUAAAACUGUGUUUUAUCAAUUGGAUUUUUACCGAGGAUCUGGAUUGGGACCUGUUUGUAAGGUGGUGAGGUGGUUCAACACGAGAGGCGAUGCUGGGCGGGGCGGCGGGGGGCGCCCGCUCCCGCCCGCCCACUGAUCUCCAACAAGGUGUGGCUCGGUUCCCGUUGUACUCCCUGUUCCCGACGCAGACCGGUAACCGACCCACGAUACACAAAGUUGUUCCAGUGACGGAGAGUUUGUUUUCGACAUCGUUGUCGACAUUCGGCGUGCCAACGCCGCCGCCGAAUUCCCCCUACUCGCCGCUGCAGCUGGAAUUACUCAACUGCUCGCAGCGGGUACUUCUCACUGACAAGGACCACACUAAAAUGGAAGAAGCUAAACUGGGCAAAGCCUGUCUUCCUGAUUCUUUAUGUUGUCCUGGUGACCAGCGGCAGAUGCUGGACAGUAUCGGAGUCAUGCAACCGCUUACUAUCAAGACCGAACAGGCAAAACGGUCAUGCAACACUUGCCUCACAAAUUCUCCAAAAAAGGUCAUGCACACGGACAGUGGCUGUAGUAGAACAAAUCCCGUAACCUGGCUUGGGGUUGCGGGACAAAAUCUACAAGUCCAGGUGAAGCGGGAACCUCAACACGUCCAAGUUUCAGAACUGGUUGCCGUCAAGCUGGAACAAGCGUCGCCUGGUAACAAGCCAGACCCGCCACCAGCGAUACCGGCAUCGCUAAACAACGGAUCUAUUCCUGUCGGUAUCGCGGUCGCUCGACAACGAGUAGGCGAUGCUGGGCUCCUCGCAGCAUUGUCUCAAAAAGACAACCAACAACGCAUGCACGAUAUCGAAGCGGCGCAAGCGGCCAUGACGGUCGGCGUGGCGAACGUGCUCUGCGACGAGCGCCCCGCCCCACUGGCGUGGCCAGCUCCGCCCACUGCCGCACCGCCCGCUCCCCUCUGGCCGUACCCCGCUCAAGUGUCUAUGGAGAGUAUGAUGGUCGGAGGUGUCGGUGUCGGCGGCGUGGGCUCCGUGGGUGGCGGCAUGUCGAGCGGGUUCCAGCUGGUGCGGGAACCCACGUCCGGAGCACUCCUACUGCUGCCCACACCUCCUGACCUACCACAUGCAGUCGUCUGGGGAGGAAUGCCCUACCAAUCAGCACCACUGCUCCUCCCUCAAGCGCCGCACCCGUCACAUCACCUACAACUACUACCAGGCGACCUCCUCGCCAGUACAGCGACGUUACAACACACCCACACACAUUCUACGCGCUUAGUAACUCUGGCGCCGGCCCCACAGCCUCAACCGCACCCAGCACAUACAGCAGAUAAAAGAAAACCUAUCAUGCAACCUCUGAUUACGCCCCAUCUAAUCAAGAUAGAACCUGAACCCCAGCAUGAGAAGCCACAACCAAGCUAUGCGCCAGAGCCUGUUCAGCAGCCACUGAUUACGACGCACUUGUACUACCAGCCUGACUACUCAGAGCAGGCGUGUCGGAGUCAAGCCACGUCACCAGCUGCGCCUCCGACACCACCUCCUGAUGCACCUGAACUCCCAGCACACAGAGAUGCUUCUAACCAAACAGAUCACAUUGAUGAGGAUGAUGAAUCGCCGAAUCAUGCUGACGAAGAUGAAAGGGACGUAGCAUGUGUUGGAGUCGCACAUUAUCCAGAAGAAAAUAUGUUGCAAGCACAAACGCAAUUGUUGCAACAUCAACCCAUGGAUGAAGAAUCUUCGGAAGGACUCGCAACAACUGUUGUGGGAACAGUUGAAAAAGCAAUAGAUACAAUUGAAAGAGAUGAUGGACUAGACAACUCUAGUAGUAAUGCUUCUAACGACUUAGUGAUAGACACUGCGAGAACAACACCAGUUCCCCAUCCUCCACAAAAUACAAGACCUCCAGUAGACGUCAGUGGUUUAGAAUUGUUGUCAAAUAGUAUCGAACAAUUUGAACGUACUACACCUGGAACAAGUAUGCCAACAUUAGAUCCAGCCCCAUUAACUGUAGACACGAGAACACCGACAAAACUUAAUAUUUUAAUAAAAACAUCGCCUAAAUCUCCACCCAGGACAGAAGCCGAACCUCACAGACGUUUUGAGUUUCCUCCUACAGACCCGUCUACUAGUGAACAGACAAAACCUUCCCUGGAUGGUUUGGGAUUGUUAUGUGCUCUAGCAGAACAAAGGUUUAUGGAAGAAGUGGUGGAAAAUCCUCCUCAAAGCAUACCAAUUGCAUCCCGUCCUUUUAUCAAAAGUGAACCGUUAUUAAGUCCCACCGACAGAAGUCGUUCCGCAGACUCGUCUAACAAUAAAAAAGACAGACAUAGACAUAGGGAUGACUCUAGUGGCGAAAGGAGGAAAAUAAGAAGUCGCGAUAGAGAAGAAAGGUUACGUCAUAAACUUGAAAAAAUGCGUCGACACAAACGAGAAAGGGAACGAGACGAGAGCAGAAGUAGUGGAGGGGAACUAGAGACAAGUCUAAGGAGAGUAACAGCGUGUUCUUGUAACUCUGUCUCAUGUACGCAUAACACUAACGUUCGUUCAGCUCAUGCACUCGCUAGUGCGAUAGAAAAAGACAUGCGUGAGAGACUGUUAGCACUGGAGAGACAAUUCGAUGAGAGGAAAGCACAAUUAAAGGCGUUAGACCCGCCAUUACAGACGCUAUCUACGUCCACAACGCCGUCAACUCCGGCAUUAUCCCCUGAUUCAGAUAGAGGUUCAUCUAAGAAACGUAAAGUUGGAAGACCCCGUAAGGUCUCCAGUCCAGACUCGACCGAGACUAUAGUAGCAAAGAAGCCAAAAUCGAAAAGUAGUUUAGUAGGCUACCUUUUGGCAAAGGGCAAGCUAAAAGGUGGUAUAUUAUGCACAAGGGGAGAACCUUCUAGGGAAGAUAUCAACCGAACAAGUAAAGUGCGUCCUAAGUUGAAAGCUGAACCUAUUAUGAAAUCAUGUUCAGAUCCAGAGGAAGCAGAGUGGGCUCUCAACAGAUCAGCGAGUUCUUCUAUGGAGAGCCUUAACGAAGUCCGACAAAAAAAUAGAGAGAAAGUAGACAGACUGGCUCGAAAACAUUCGAGAGAUGACAUACCCGAACUCGAAUUCGCGUUACGACGUGCCAGUGCUUCGAGUGAUAGUGACAAAGAGAGACGACGUGCGAAAAAGAGACGAAAGAGUCACAAGUCAAAGGAGAGAACGGGUAAUGAAACAAAAGAAACGCCUACAGAGCCGGUGGUACCACCACCGAUAUCAAAGUGCACAUUGACAGAAGACAAGAUAGACCAGUCUCCUAGAGUGCUCACUGCCAUGGGAGGACUGUUCUAUGCAGGAAAACUGAGUGCUGUGACUGCACCUGAUGUGUAUGCCAUCACUCUUGAUGGAGAAAGAGGGAAUAAGCCUCAUAUAAUGUCCAGAGAAGAAACGUUGAGGGAUGCUAUCCUGGAAGUCAGUCCUACGUCAGUAGCAGAACUGCCGUCUGGUACACGAGUGUGCGCAUAUUGGUCGCAGCAGUACAGGUGCCUCUACCCAGGUACCGUGGCGGUCUCGUCUCCAGACCCUCAUGAUGAUAAGUUCGUUGCCGUGGAGUUCGACGACGGCGACUCUGGCAGGAUAGCUAUCGAGGAUAUCAGGUUCUUGGAACCAAAUUAUCCUGUUGUUGAAUAUGAAAAUCCAUUAUUCACACUUGGUAAAAGAAGAAGAAACACCAGUGUUAGUGGUGUUAGCACAGAAGAAAAGAAAGUGUCCUCGGUUCCACCGCAACCAGCUACAUCCAGCACAAGUAUUGAAGGUAAACCACCAGUAACAGAGCCGGUCGUCGUCAGCCCUAAGGACGACGAGGACAGGCAUAAAGACAGAAAGAAACUUAAGAAGCAUCGAAAAGACAAAAUAAAGCGCCAUUCCAGUGAAGAUGAUCCGAAUUCAGUGGAAUACGUUAAAAAGAAAAAGAAGAAACACAAAUGUUGCGAGGAACAUUGCAAGCACAGGAGACAUCACAAGAAACACCACAGAAAGCACCGAAAGAGACAUCACUCGAGCUGCAAAGAACAUUCUAGUUCAUCUGGUGAUGAUCAACAAAGAGUUAAAUCGUCUUCAGACUACAUCGAUUCGAACAAAUCUAAUGAAGACUCAAUAGACUCUAAUGACAGACUAUCCACACUAAUAGCAGUGGAAAAGUCGCCAGAGGAUAAGAUGAAAACUGUGAUAAAGAAGGCGGUGUUGUCAAAGAAAAGUUUAGUCAAAACCGCAGUUUUGGACUUUAGCAAUUUGGGCAAACUUACUCUGAAAAAAGAAGAGGAGAGUAAAGAUAAUCUGAAGGAUAGUGGCAUAGGAUUGGAAGAAGAAACCAGUACUGCUUCAACCAGUGAUGCUAAAAAGAAGGCGAAGCGUCGCACGGUGUCGUCGACGUCAUCAGACGGCGGUUGCGGCGGUGUCAGCAAGAUGGCCGCCUUCUUGCCUGGUGGCGCUCUGUGGCGCUGGCACGGACCUGCCUACCGCCGCACUGCACGCCCGCGACACCGCAAGCUAUUCUACCGCGCCAUACAGCGAGGAGAAGAAAUCCUGCAUGUGGGUGACGCGGCAGUGUUCCUGUCUACGGGCCGGCCGGACCGGCCGUACAUCGGGCGCAUUGUGGCGCUGUGGGAGGCGCGCGGUGCCAUGGCUGUGCGCGUCAAGUGGUUCUACCAUCCUGAGGAAACUGUCGGCUGCACUGACCAGCUGCACUACCCGGGAGGGUUGUUUGAAUCUCCACACACGGACGAAAAUGACGUCCAAACGAUAUCUCACAAGUGCGAGGUACUACCUCUGUCGCAGUACAAGGAGCGCAUGGGCGACGACCCGGUCAAGUACAGCACAGUAUACGACAACAAUGACGUGUACUACCUCGCCGGGAACUACGACCCAACACCGCAAACUUUGCGAAUGGAACCAGACAUACCGUUCGCAAACAAAACGACCUCCUAAACGGAACUGUUAGCCUGAUACUUUGACAUCAAUGUCAUUGUGUCGAGUUGAGAAGAAAAUGAAACAAAAAUUGCAGAUUUAAUUUUAUAGAGUGCAAUAACGUUCUUGAUCGUUUAAUAAUUUUUAUUUUCUAAAGUCGCAGUACAGUCACAGUAUCGUGACGCCGUAAUUUAAAAGUACACAAUUUUGUCUAUCUCGGUGUUAGCGUGUUUAAAAUAGAUUUUUGCAAUAAUAAUAUGUUUCUUCCAUUAAACUGAUCGUAGCUUGGAGAUUCACCUAUACAGGUCUUAAAGUACAAGUAGAUUUUUGAGGCUCAAAUUGUGGCAAUUUUUCACAUUCACCCGUCCUUAGGAGACGACUUAUAUUGACGUAAUAAAACUCGAAUUAUCUUAAAAGUUACCCUCGUUACGUUAUAUUUAGUGGUAUCCAUUUGGAAUGUUGACUUGUCUGGUGCGUGGGCCGAGUUAGUGAGGCGUGUUGUUGAUCUGUGUGGACUACUGGUCGAGUGUCGAGUGGGGCGCGACCGAUGGUGAUGACAUGUGAUUUUAUUUUUUAUACGUGUAACGCUGUAAUCUCAGUGUAUAGAUGUAUUUUUCAUGUAUAUUAUUCGAUUAGAUUUUAUGUAUACGUAGUUUUCCUUGGUAUAAAUGUCUAUUAUCAUAAAAUGCAAUACUUUUUCAGCUAGUCCCCUUUAUUCAAAAUUUACCAGUGAUUUAAAUUAGUCUUGUUUUGAUUACUUUUGGAGAAAUAAAUGGAAAUAUGUAUUGUCUUAAUUAAGGUUCUUGGAGCUGUUUGUUAUAUUGUUUUAUCGAUGAUUUUUAUAUUAUUCUUGGUUGAUAAUUUUAUGUUGAUUGAAGUAUACUUUUAUAUCGAAAUGGUGCUAGACGCUGAUGCUACUCGUUUACGUUUCGCCGUAGUAGUUAAGAUUGUAUAUAAGUAAGUUUGGAACUAGUUGGUAUGUGUAACUUUACGAUUCGUUCGUUCUGAAUUUUCAUUUCAUCUGCUUAUGCUCCUAAACGUUGCCAUUUUACUGUAAUAUCUACUUUUUAUAUAUUUUUAAUUAGUAUUAUAACUAUAUUAUUUCGACAGGGUAUGGUUGAGCCCUUCUUUGGAUCCUUUUAUUCAUAUCUUGAUGUGUAAGGGACUGAAAAGACAGGGAUGUAGGUAGGUCGACCAAGGGUAGGACUGUAGGGUAGGUUUUGUACGGAUUGGCCAAUGAGAUUUAUAAGAAAAUGUUGAUUCAGCCUAAGCGUAAAUGUAACGCAAUGUUACGAAGUAUUACUGUACUAGUACUAAGCAGUGAAUCCAACAUCAAAGAGAUGGUGUCUAUCGGGGAAGUGGCCAGUGAUCAAGUGCAAGGCGGUCGGAUUGUAAUCAUCAAGUCUUCAACUAUUUUGAUUAAAUAAACUUUUUUACAUGAUUUGGCGUGAGUCUUACUUUUUGUUAAUGUAUAAAUAAGUUUAGGAAUAGUUACGUUGUAAGCUCGAAGUUAAUUUCAUUAUAAUUUUGCAUACCGACAAAAAAUAUAUUGGUGACAAAAAUUGAGACAAAUAUAUUAGAGAAACAAAAGUGCGAAUUUCGGUAACAAUAUUGAAAAUGGUAUUUUUAUAUUAAACGUAAAAGUAACAUUUUUAUUUUUAAAUUUUAAUGUAUGUGAAGCGAAGUUAUUAUUACAAUAAGUACAAACUUGUUGAUGAAAGAUAUUUGGCUCGGCCCGGUGUACGUAUAUUAACACUAUGGUCUAAUUCAUUAAAACUUAUAACAGCCUUGAAGCAAUACAUGAACGAAUUGGAAUUCCACAUAACAAUGUGAGACUGUUAUAAAUUUUAUGAAUUAUAUCAUCAAUCUUAGUCUGUAAUAGAAUGGGGAAAGCCAUAAAAAUAUUAGAGUUAAAGAUUAAUAAUAUAUCAGCAUUGAUAAUAUAAAGAUUAUAAAUACGCUUAAAUAAAAUAUUUUUGGC